AUGGUCCAAAUACAGUGCACAGCAGUCUCGCGGACGAUGUCAUCCUGCCUACGAACCGCAUCGCGAGAAACACGGACUCAAUGGCGGCCCAUACAUCACCAGAGACAUCUCACCACCCAAUCAUCACCACAACCUCAACAACUCCUACGGACGAGGACAUCGCAGCCGCACCCAUCACGUAUGACUCGAUUGCCUCUAUCGCGAACGCAUGACAUAUCACGACCCUUCACAACAACGCCCACACGGCAACAUGGCGACCUCACGCCUCCCAAGCCUGGUGAGGAAAGAAAAGUAACCUUCAUCGACAAGGAGGGCCACGAACACACCUUUGUUGUAUCAGACGGAGACAAUCUGCUGGAUAUCGCUCAAGCAAACGAUCUAGAGAUGGAGGGCGCAUGUGGAGGGAGUUGUGCGUGCAGUACAUGUCAUGUCAUGGUAGCUGGGGAUGAGAUGUAUGAUAAGAUGGAAGAACCCUCAGACGACGAAAACGACAUGCUGGACCUAGCCUUCGGUCUGACAGAAACGAGUCGACUGGGCUGUCAAGUAGAAAUGCGGAAAGAGCUGGAUGGGUUGGUAGUAAAGCUACCAUCCAUGACGAGGAAUUUGCAGGCGAGUGAUUUCGAGUCCAAGUAA